AUGAGCACUAGAAAGAUUAUGAGGUUAUCGGACAUGGAUGACGGCCCCCCACCGGCGUCAGUCGGCCAUUCGUUUUCGAGCUCCCGCCACCAUUCGAGCUCCCAUAACACUGGCGUCACCGGAUAUGUCGGCAGUGUGAUUCUCGAGCAGCUGUUGCGGGUGGCCGGCGCGCAAGUGGGCACUGUGUACAUCCUCGCCCGGUCGCGGGACGGCCGCAGCGCGCAGGAACGUGUUGGCCGGGUGCUGGGCUCCGGCCUGUUCGACUUGGUGCGACGGCAGUACUCGGACACGCUGCGAAAGGUGGUUGCCCUGGACGGCGAUCUGUCGUACCCGAAUCUGGGCCUUUCGAUGGGGGCGUUGGCGGAGCUCGCUGCGGAGCCCUCCAUAAUAGUCAUUCACAGCGCGGCGAGCAUUGCACUGGACGACCCGAUCCAAGACGCUCUGCGCAGUAACUACGAGGGCACCCGCCGGCUGUUGGAGCUGGUGGAGCAGCACCUGCCACGAUGUGGGGGCUUCGUGCACGUGUCAACCACCUACGUGGGCAUGAUGCUCCCGCAGAACAGCUGCCUGCCGGAGAAGAGAUUACCUCUCAUGUAUGGGGACCAGCCGGCGGAUCACGUCCGACUUGCUCGCGAGCUUCUGGCGGCCGACAAGGAGAAGGCGGACAAGCGAGCGGCGCUGCUAUGCAAGAACUGGAACCUGUGCAACACUUACCUGCUGAGCAAGCACCUGUGCGAGGCCCUGGUGGAUCAGUACCACAGGGAGGGCCGGAUCGCGGACGGCGGGGUGGCCAUCGUCAGGCCCAGCCUGGUGUCAGCACUCGCAGGGCCGCCGUACCCGGGAUAUGUGGGCAACCUGGCAGGUCCCUCCGGCUACAUGACCGCCUUCGCUCUGGGCUUCUUCAGCAAGAAUGCCUCUGCCUGGCACCCCUACAACUUGCUGGACUCGGUGCCCUGCGAUAUCGUGGCGAGUGUGGCGCUGGGUGUUGCCGCCACUCUGGCUGCCGGCAUUCGCUGCAGGGAGCAGUUCUACGAGCUCGUGGAUUCCCCGGCGCCCCCCCGGGCUUCUUCGUCCGGGGCCACCACCCGCGACGGCGUCAUUGAUACAAUUUGGCAACCGGUAAAUCACAGCGGCAAUGAGCAAAGCAAAGAAUCCGUCGGUCUCGCAGCCGUCAACGAGGGGCUGCACGGCCAGGCCCUGCAGCGGCAGCGGCGCCAUGACGCCGGCCCUGGGGAGAUUCUCGUGUUCCAUGCUGCCACGUCCACCGUCAACCCCAUCCUGCAUUUCGAAGCAUACGAGAUGGCUUACCGCUUUUUCAAAGUGCACACGCCCAAGUUCCGCCUUGGAGGGUUGCGUGUGGGUUUCGCCGCCUGGGAUUACGCCAACGACGCCAAGCACGACAAGACCGUGUUUGUGUCCGUCAAGAACGUGCUCGCCCUGGAGCGCCUCCUGCCCGCGGAGGAGCUGCAGAUGAUGCCCCUGGUGUGGCGGGGCAGCUGGACUGAGUACGGCAACACGUACAUGGCGGCCGUGGGCCGGCUCUUCAUGGGGCUCCCCGUGCCGCCCUCCACACCCCAGCUACCCCACCGCUUCGCCUACAUACCCUUUGUAGUCAUACCCGAGAACGAGCUGCCGCCGUUGGCUGGCACCCGCGGCGUGCAGGCGCCAGCCGCACCACCGCUGGCCGCUGUGGAAGCUACGGCGCCGGUGGCUGUGCCGGUCCACAGCGCCGCCGUGGCCGCGACGCCCGCAGCUCGGGGAGGUGUGGUCGGGAAAUUGAAGGAGCAGGAGCGGGAGAAAGAGGCGGGGUCCGAGGCGAAGGUCAUGGAGGCAGCACAAGUUGACAGUGAUGGCCUGGCGAUAGCGACUGACCCACGGGUCGCCCCUGUUGUUGUUGCCAACGUCCCACGGCUGUCGGUGCGAGAGGCGCUUCGUGACAAAGCCGUCCUGGUAACAGGAGCCACCGGCUACAUAGGGAGCGUGAUCCUGGAGCAGCUGUUGCGGGUUGCUGGGGCGCAACUGGGCACUGUGUAUGUGUUGACUCGGUCACGUGGCGGCCGCAGCGCGCAGGAGCGUGUGGGCCGGGUGCUGGGCUCCGGCCUGUUCGACUUGGUGCGACGGCAGUACUCGGACACGCUGCGAAAGGUUGUUGCGCUAAACGGUGAUCUGUCGUACCCGGAUCUGGGCCUCUCAACAGCGGCGUUGGCGGAGCUCGCGGCGGAGCCCUGCAUAGUAGUCAUUCACAGUGCGGCGAGCAUUGCACUGGACGACCCGAUCCAAGACGCUCUGCGCAGUAACUACGAGGGCACCCGCCGGCUGUUGGAGCUGGUGGAGCAGCACCUGCCACAAUGUGGGGGCUUCGUGCACGUGUCAACCACCUAUGUGGGCAUGACCCUACCGCGGAAUAGCUGUCUGCCGGAGAGGAUGGUUUCGCUGAUGUUUGGGGAUCAGCCGGUUGACCAUGCGCGCCUGGCUUGUGAGCUAUUGGCAGUCAACGAGAGCCAGGCGAAGACGAGAUCUAGUCUGCUGUGCGAGAACUGGAACCUGAUCAACACGUACCUGCUGAGCAAGCACCUGUGCGAGGCCCUGGUGGAUCAGUACCACAGGGAGGGCCGGAUCGCGGACGGCGGGGUGGCCAUCGUCAGGCCCAGCCUGGUGUCAGCACUCGCAGGGCCGCCGUACCCGGGAUAUGUGGGCAACCUGGCAGGUCCCUCCGGCUACAUGACCGCCUUCGCCCUAGGAUUCUUUAAUGACAAUUCAGUUGCCUGGCACCCAAGGAACCUAUUGGACUCGGUGCCUUGCGACAUCGCGGCGGCAGUGACCCUGGGUGCUGCCGCCACUUUGGCAGCGGGCAUUCGCUCCAGGGAGCAGUUCUACGAGCUUGUCAACACCAGAGAGCAGCGACGCAAUGUCCGCGAUGCGGCCGUCUCUACGGCCGCCUAUCCUCCCUGCGAAGAAUCUUCUGUGCAGAUCCGCAUCCGAAAUAGUGAGGACCGUAGCCAUUGGCCCAUCGGGACCGCGGCCAGCAGGAAUUUGGGUGUGGACAUUAGUCAGCGGCAGCGUGACAGGGGGGAAAUCUUGGUGUUUCAUGCCGCCACGUCGACCAUCAACCCCUGCAUGCACUACGAGGCGUAUGAGAUGGCUUACCGCUUUUUUAAAGUGCACACGCCCAAGUUCCGCCUUGGAGGAUACGUCAAACCCUACGCAAGUUACCGACCGGUCCCGUGGAAGGUGGACAUCAAGAAGCGAAUUACGGGGUUCAAGGUGAAGAUGGCUGCGCAGUUGCUGAGCUGCUUCGGGGAGAAGAAAGCCGCACGAAGGUUGCGUGUGGGUUUCGCCGCCUGGGAUUACGCCAACGACGCCAAGCACGACAAGACCGUGUUUGUGUCCGUCAAGAACGUGCUCGCCCUGGAGCGCCUCCUGCCCGCGGAGGAGCUGCAGAUGAUGCCCCUGGUGUGGCGGGGCAGCUGGACUGAGUACGGCAACACGUACAUGGCGGCCGUGGGCCGGCUCUUCAUGGGGCUCCCCGUGCCGCUCUCCACACCCCAGCUACCGCACCGCUUCGCCUACAUACCCUUUGUAGUCAUACCCGAGAACGAGCUGCCGCCGUUGGCUGGCACACGCGGCGUGCAGGCACAGGCACCUGUGCCCGAGGGACCGCAGCCGCCGUCGGCGCCCGCGAUAGCGCCCGCGGCCGGGGCAAAGGGAAAGCCCAUAAUGAAACAACCUGACCAGAGCCAGGAUCAGGAGCUUGAGGAGGAGCUGGGAUCCGAGCCGAAGGUCAUGGAGGGUAAGGUGGUGGUGAAGGCGCCAGCAGCACCUGACAGUGCGGUCAUGCCGCAGAAUGGCUGGGGGCGUGCACCGCAGGUCGAGCUGACGAUGGCAGUGGCCUGGUAG